AUGACUUCCAAAGAAGAAGCCAAGUCCGGCUCGGUGGAGGAGAGACGGCGCAGCCCCCUGGACCACCUGCCCCCGCCCGCCAACUCCAACAAGCCCCUGACCCCCUUCAGCAUCGAGGACAUCCUCAACAAGCCGUCGGUGCGGAGGAGCUACACGCUGUGCGGGGCAGCGCAUCUCCUCUCGGCCGCCGACAAGCACCCCCCGGCCGGCCUGCCCCUCUCCAGCCGGGCGCUGCUGUCCCAGACCUCCCCGCUCUGCGCCCUGGAGGAGCUGGCCAGCAAGACCUUCAAGGGCUUGGAAGUCAGCGUGCUGCAGGCGGCUGAAGGCAGGGAUGGGAUGACCAUUUUCGGGCAGAGGCAGACCCCCAAGAAGCGGCGGAAGAGCCGGACCGCCUUCACCAACCACCAGAUCUACGAGCUGGAGAAGCGGUUCCUGUACCAGAAGUACCUGUCCCCCGCGGACCGGGACCAGAUCGCCCAGCAGCUGGGGCUCACCAACGCCCAGGUCAUCACCUGGUUCCAGAACCGCCGCGCCAAGCUCAAGCGAGACCUGGAGGAGAUGAAGGCAGACGUGGAGUCUGCCAAGAAACUGGGCUCCAGCGCCCAGCUGGAUAUCGUGAACCUGGCGGAGCUGGAGCAGGGGCAGGAGGCCCGGGGCAAGUCGCGGUCCCUGUCCCCGGCGCUGCCCGCGCACGGACUGGAGCCCGCCGGGCACCUCCAGCUCUCGCCGGCCUCCCCUCUCACAGACCAGCCCAACAGCAGCAAGGACUGCUCGGAGGACGAGGAAGACGUGGAGAUUGACGUGGAUGACUGAGUGCUGCUUCUCCUCUCUGCUUCCAGCGCCUCUUCACCAAAAGCAAGCCCAGAAAUCACACACCCAUGCACACACACACUCAUGCACACACACGCGCCGGGGGAGGGGUGUGCGCGUGUGCUGGGGUGGGGGAGAACUUCACUCUGCUUUUCUCACUUCAACAAAACCAACAAACCCCAGCUGCAAACUCCGGCGAGCGAGACCCCUCCUCCCGACUCCACCAGGCAGUUUCUUUCCAAUCAAAGCAAUAAGCAAUAGGGGGGGAAACAAUUAAAAUAAGAAGAAUAA